AUAUAUUUUUAUUCGUUAACAAGUCACUGUCAAUCAAAAACAAACGAGACUAAACUUUUAAAAUGGUAAAAGGAACGACAUUGCAGGACGGGAUGUAGGAGUCUGGAGCGAAAAUCAAUGAUUGAAAAUAACUCUAGGUACCUAUAGCCUAAGCACCAAUCUCAGAACAGUGAAAAGUGAAUACCUUUUUUUUGUAAGAAACUUAAUCACAGGAUGCAUUAAAUAAUAUUAUUAUUUGGUUAACACUGAGCAGUGAACAGAGAUGAGUUAACACCGAAUCAGCUGAUUGCAUAAAACAACGUUGUUUACUUGUAAAAAACCUCAAAAAACCUGAAGACAUAGAUAAACCGCUAAAAUAUACUAGGUACCUACAUAAUCUUUAGCAAUGCGACCUUAACGUUUAAUUUUCUGUAAUUGAUGAUGGAGCGGCUUCCCGAUGAAUUACUUUUGAUGAUAAUGGAACAACUAUCUGUGACGGACGUGAUGGACUCGCUUUCUCGUGUGUGUCGGCGCUGGGCUUCCUUGGUGCGGGGCCGCGUGUUGGUGAUGAGGCGACCCAGCGACGUUAGCAAACUGCACUCCGGCUUGUACACGCUGCAGGUGCUCGCUUUCCUCCCCACGCCGGGCCCGCUGCUCAUGAACUUGAUAGACUACGUGCCGCUCCUGCGCGACCUCACCAUACACGCCGCGGUGCCGUUCAACUCACACCACUUCGAGUUACUGCAGCGGCUGACAAACCUCUACCAUCUAGACGUGUUCGCGCUCUCACGCGUAUAUGAGAUGGAUCUGGUGCCGACCAUAAGUCGACUCGGCUCAGUAGUGAUUAACGACAACGUGGCGCCUGGGGUGCUGCGCGCUGUGGCGAAAAACUCCCAGCUGCGCGCAAUCUGCAUGUAUGGCCGUUCCAUGAACUAUCCACGUCGCGAGCUGAUCACGCUAAUACGUGCGCGCACCAACCAUCUCACAGAGUUGGUGCUGCGUUGCUCCACAUUAUCGGACCGCUCGUACAAGGUGAUUGGUGGCUGCUCCAACCUGAUCGUGCUGCAGCUGUAUUCUUGCUGGCUGAUGACGGGCACCGGCGCGCUGUACGUGACGCGUCCGCAGCGGCUGCGCAAGCUGCACGUGACGGGCGCGCGCGUGCUUCGCGCUCCGGCCAUUAGCUGUAUGAUGGAGCAACUGCCGCGGGGCCUACUCGAGUUCGACAUCAGUUGCGGCUGGUUCGGCGACGAGCACAUUGAGCCGCUGGCAGCACGAGUGCCAGCCCUGCGCGUCAUUGAGGCGUGGCGUUGCCGCCUCACACGCGACGGAAUUGUCAAAUUAGCAAUGAGCCUACCCGAACUGCACACACUCGAUGUGGACCUGACACUGUUUGAAAGGCAUUUGGAAAAGUUGGACACACAUGCUUCACUGAAACUAGUACGCUGUCUCAUAGAAAUGACCGAUGAAGAGCUAGCAGCUGCAAGACCUUUUGAACCUGAAAUUCCAAUGUCAGUGAUGUAUUUAAGAUCAAAGAUUGUAUUGACUAUUGAAGAAAUGGAGGAGCUCAAGAAAGCAUUUGCCGAAGAGGCAUCAUUUAAAGAGGGGGAGGAGGAUUACGACGAAGUGAUAGAGGAAGAAGAAGAGGAUGAGGAAGAAUUAUUGCGAGUGGAGGAUUACGACGACGACGACGACGUUGAUGACGAUGACGAUGACGUUGAGGAGGAACAAGAGGAACUGGAAGAAAAGGUGGAAAAAGAGGUGUCGGAGAGCGAAAGAGAAAAACAAAAGGAGCAGGCACAUGAAGAAGGAACACAAGGAACAGAAGAACCCAUAGAAGAAAAUGAAUCAAAUCGCAAAUACCGAAUGAUCUCUACUAACGCGAAAUAUACGCGGCGCUACUUCAGGGGCGGAAACGAAGGGUUCCGAGCCACUCUCUUCUACUACUGGACCAGGAACAGGCAGCUGGAGCCUCUGCCCGCUCACAUACAACCCGACUACAGCGAACCAGACAAUGGCUGCCAUUAAAUAGAACUCAACUGUUCAGUAAUGAGAGAAAUUCAAAAUAUAGAUUCACAGUAUGCAUGCGGUACACAUUCGUGCACUGAGUAUUAGUGCUGUGAUAAAGGUGCACAUGUUUAAACUACAUACUGUAUUUACAUAUUAAACCCCUUACAAAUAAUAUAAAACAUUAAAUGUUGUGAUACAUGUAGUAAGAGGCACAAUUCAUUUGGUGUUCACAUUGUGUUCAAAGCUCUGUGUAUGUAUUAAGUUUAUAAAGGAAUGCAUAGGAGUUACUGCAGUAUACACAGAAAAAUUGAUGAACAUCCAGCGAACAUGGACAGCAGAGUUUAACGUCGUAGCCCGGCGUCGCAUCGCUAGCCUACUCGGCCUGUGAAGUCAGCGCAGUCACAUCUCGGCACACACGUUCGAAUGCAAUAAUUUUAAGGAAGAUUUGUGCAUUGAAUGUGUCGAGCAUGACCCUGCAGCUCGCCGAUAGCCGCGUCAGAAGCGGAGGCUGGAGGGUGUCGCAAGCGGUGCAGCGCCAUCGUGUUGCGCCAUCAGCCGCGCCGGGCCACACCACAGCCGGCAGACGAGCUGCGGCCG